UCUAACACGCACAUGAACCAAACCAAAAAACGAAGGGAAACGUCAAUAAAUAGUGAUAUUUGUAAACAUGGAGGCAAUACUCUCAUACGACAGCGAUACAAGCGAUAAAAGUGAAAGUUCAGAAAACGAAAACAGCGCUGCAGCUGAACUUUUUUCACAUCUGAAACCGGUUGAUAAAACAAAUUCUGUAUCAAAAACGAUAGCACUGAAUUCGACACCUAUCGUCGUUCCAACAGAAGACACCAGUGGUUUAAGACAUUUAGAUCCUAAGACAAGAGAAGUGAAAUAUAAUCCAAAAUAUGAUGAGUUAUAUGCACCACAGGUUGGCCCAACCAAUCCAUAUAAAACACAGCAAUUUUCUGCAACAAGAAACAGUCUGGCAGGUUAUGUAGAGGAAGCACAUGUCAGCAACUUCACAUUUGAAAAUCAGAGAAGAACAUUUCAUAGUUAUGGUUAUGCAAUAGAUCCAACAGUUGAUUCACAGGCACCCUCUGAGGAAAACAUUCUAGGUAGUAAAGAAGCAUUGGAAGAAAAUAAAGGUUUGACAGCAUUUGAAAAAGUAAAGAAACGAGAAGAGGAUAAAAGAAAAAGACUUCGGAAUGAUAAUCCCUCAGAUAUUGAAGGUUUUAUAGGACCAUGGGGCAAAUUUGUGGAUGAAAAAACAGUGAUGAAACCAAAUGAGGAAGAGAAGGCUGAGCUAGAUGAGAUUUUAGCCAAACGAGCAAAAACAGGAAAACAAGCGGAAGAAAAAUCUGCCGAGGAGAAAACUACAUUACACAUCAAAGAUGCGUAUGAUUACCAGGGUCGUUCCUUCCUACACAUACCACAGGAUGUUGGAGUCAAUCUCAAGUCAGACUUCCCACCAGAGAAAUGUUUUAUACCGAAGAAACUCAUACAUACAUGGGCGGGACACACAAAAGGUCUCGCUCAGAUCAGAUGGUACCCAAAGUCUGCUCAUUUAUUAUUAUCUGCUAGUAUGGACAGCAAAAUAAAGAUCUGGGAAGUAUAUAAUGACCGGCGAUGUAUCAGAACAUACCUUGGACACAAGCAAGCUGUCAGAGAUAUUAACUUCAAUAACAGUGGAACAGAGUUUCUGAGCUGUGGCUACGACAGAUAUUGUAAACUGUGGGACACAGAAACAGGAGAAUGUAAAGGAAGAUUCACAAGUAGAAAAGUUGCUUAUUGUGUCAAAUUUCACCCUGAAGAGGACAAACAACACUUGUUUGUGGCUGGUACCUCAGACAAGAAAAUUAUCUGUUGGGAUAUUCGUUCAGGGGAGAUAGUUCAGGAAUAUGACAGACAUCUCGGUGCAGUUAACUCAAUAACAUUUGUAGAUCAGAAUAGAAGAUUUGUGUCAACUUCCGAUGAUAAAAGUUUACGAGUUUGGGAAUGGUAAGUAUACCUC